AUGCAAUACUAAUAAUACAGCAUGGCUGAGACAAUUCGCCAUAGAGAUUCGGUAUUUAAUGAUGGUCAAAGUCUUUGGUGUUAUAAUUUGUAGAAUCUUUUUAAGUAAAAAAACUAAAGAACCUUUUUUGUUAAAACAUUAAACAAAUCAAAAACAAAAAACCUAUCAUUAGGGGAUUCUCAUAUUUAGUAUUCUAAGCAUAAAUACAUCAGCCUAGUCAAUUCCUUUCUGAAAAUAUUGUUUAAACAUAAUGAAGUAGUUGGAUUUGUUUUGGAAAAGAAUGAUCACUCAAUUGAAAUCUAUGGAGAUACUUAAGAAUGGAUAGACUCAUUUAAAAACUUAACUAUAUAAUUAGAUUUUACAUCCACUUAUAAAAUUGUAAAGAAAAUUGGAUAAGGAAUAGCAGCAUAAGUAUAUUAAGCUACUAAUAAAACAAAUAAACUAAAUUAUGCUGCCAAGAUUUUUGAAAAAAAGAGAAUUUUGUUAGAGGAAACAGAAAUUAUAGCUAUUAAUAAAGAAUUGCAUUAUCUAAGAUUAUUAUAACAUCAAAAUAUUAUUAGACUCUAUGAAGUAUUUGAAAACAAACAACAUAUCAUUUUUAUUACAGAUUUAUAUUAAGGAGGAGAACUUCAUCAUUCUUUGAGUAGAUAUGGUUUAGAAGAAAAUCAAGUUGCUGAAGUAAUAAAACCAAUCAUCACAGCAAUUAGUUUUAUGCAUUCUAAAGGUAUUUUUCAUAGGGAUUUAAAACCAUAAAACAUAAUGCUAAAAGAAAUAGAUGCAUUUGAGACUAUUUCUUUAAUUGAUUUAGGAUUGGCAGAUAAAUUCACUAAAGAAGGAAAGUACUUAUAUAACAGAUGUGGAACCCCUGGUUAUGUUGCACCUGAAGUAUUGCAAGAUAAAAAAUAUGAUCUGAAGGUAGAUGUUUAUAGUAUUGGAAUUAUUACAUACCUUGCAUUAACAGGUAAAGAGCCAUUUGCAUCAAAUAAUUAUGAAGAAUUAGUCUAAAAAAAUUAUGAUGGCAGAAUUAGCUUAAUCAAUUUGAAUGUUUCUGAAAAUUGCAUCGAUUUUUUGAAAAGGACCCUGUGUAAGGAUAAUAAGUUAAGAUUAUCGUCUGCUGAGGCAUUGGAGCAUCCUUUUAUUACGUUUGGAAAAGGAAAUCACAUAUUUUAAACUAAUAAGGGAGCCACAACGUAAAGAAUGAGUAUGACCUCAUUAAGAUGCAGUACGGAUGCUUCUUCUGAAAAUGGGUCUAUUCCGAAAACCUUUAGAGGUAAAAUUUAAUAAUACAUGAAUACAUUUUAAACUCUUAAAUCUGACCUCAAUCAAGAGGCCAAGAAAGAAAAGGAAGAAAAUUUGAAAAAAAGAAAAGAAUUCUGUAUCAGAAAAUCACAAUUACUCAAGAUCAAAUCAACUAACAAUAAGCCUAAUUUUGAAUGA